GACGCCAGCUACUAAAGCGACGUUUCGUAAAUAUGCAGACACACGGACUUCGGGCACCGGCGGCGCGCUCACCUCGGCGGCGCGCUCACCUCAGCCGCACGCACCACGGCGCGCUUCAUAAGGGACCGCUCUGUCUCCUUUAUUUUUGUAGUCACAUAUAUGUAUAAAUAACAUUUAAAAAAUACACCAGAAUACGUAAUUUGUUGCAGUAUAAUAAAUUCGCGCUCAUUCUUUUCACGUUUUUACUUUUUUCAUCCUUCGCAAUGAUUAUCUAUUGAGCACCAAGGUCGGAUACAUGCCGGACGGUACUUUAUCUGCGGAGCAAGGAUUUUAUUCACCUGGGCAAAUUAUGUGAAGAUUCCUCCGGAAAUCAUUUUAGGCAACCUUUUACCUACGAGAGGAGGCAGCCAUGAAGUCCGUUCUAGAUGGUGCGGCAGAUGCCACGUUUCGGACCAUAACCUCGGGUCUGCAGUACCUUGGCUCCAAUGAUGCUAGUUACGACGACCCCAUCAUCGACGCCGACUUCGCCAAGAGUCGGUUCUCCUUGCAGAAGCCUCUCUCUGCAUUCCGGGGCAACUCCUUCCCGGUCAAAGUUCCCGAGGAUGAGGAGCUCAUUCUCAGAGGCUUCCCAUUCUACCCGACCAACGUGACCGAGUUGCUCAGCAACCGGAGCACUUUUGGCGAGGAGGGCAGCUCCGUCCAGUGCGGAGAAAACUUCAUGGACAUGGAGUGUUUCAUGAUCCUGACGCCCGGCCAGCAGCUGGCCGUGGCGGUGUUGGCACUGACGCUAGGCACCUUCACGGUGCUGGAGAACCUGGUGGUGCUCUGUGUCAUCAUGCAGUCGCGCACCCUUCGCUGCCGCCCCUCCUACCACUUCAUCGGCAGCCUGGCCGUGGCUGACUUGCUGGGCAGUGUGAUCUUCGUCUACAGCUUUCUGGACUUCCACGUGUUCCACCGGAAGGACAGUCCCAACGUUUUCCUGUUCAAGCUGGGCGGAGUCACAGCCUCGUUCACCGCCUCUGUGGGGAGCCUCUUUCUCACAGCGAUAGACCGUUAUAUCUCCAUCCACAGGCCUCUGUCCUAUAGGCGUAUCGUCACCAGGACAAAAGCAGUCAUCGCAUUCUCCAUGAUGUGGACUAUCUCCAUCAUCAUCGCGGUGCUGCCCCUGCUCGGCUGGAACUGCAAGCGGCUGGGCACAGUGUGCUCGGACAUUUUCCCCCUCAUCGACGAGAACUAUUUGCUCUUCUGGAUUGGAGUGACCAGCGUGUUGGUCAUCUUCAUCAUCUACGCAUACAUGUUCAUCCUGUGGAAGGCCCACCAUCACGCAGUGCGUAUGCUCAGCCGCACCUCCCAGAAGAGCAUGGUCAUCUGCACCCCAGAGGGCACCAAGGUGCAGACCACCCGCCCGGACCAGGCACGCAUGGACAUCCGACUGGCCAAGACACUAGUGCUCAUCUUGGUGGUGCUGAUCAUCUGCUGGGGACCUGUGCUCGCCAUCAUGGUCUAUGACCUAUUCUGGAAGAUGGACAAUUCUACCAAGACCGUCUUUGCAUUCUGCAGCAUGCUCUGCCUGCUCAACUCCACCGUCAACCCCAUCAUUUAUGCCCUGAGGAGCAGAGAUCUGCGGCAGGCGUUUCUGAGCGCCUGCCAAGUCUGCCGAAGUGCCGGCCAGCCAUUGGAUAACAGCAUCGAGUCCGACUGCCAAAACAGGAGCACCAGUAUCGGCGCCAACAGGGCAGCAGAGAGCUGCGUGAAAACCACUGUGAAAAUAGCCAAAGUGACCAUGUCCGUCUCAACGGACACGUCAGCAGAAGCUGUCUGAUGGCCUUCGUUGGACACUAGUGGACACUAGGCACGACAGUUUUAAUGUAAGAAGACCAUCACGACACUGCCUAUCAUUCCAUGUAAAACUCAACCAAGGGGUUGAAAGAAUCAAAGGCAACAAGAGCAAAGUGUCACUGAAAGUCACAACUGAAUAAUUAAAUACAAUGGUGACUCGCCAUUGGACAACGGCCUAAAUGUCUCAUCCGCGCCAGUCUAGUAUUUUUCCAGGCGUAUUUCUGUGCUUGCUGUGGUGCCAAAGUCACGACCUUAAUUUUACACCGACACUGAACAACAGUGAAAAAAUGUUUCAGCCAUUGUGAAGUGAAUCUUUUUAAAUUUCUCAUUCACUUUAAUGUCAUAGUUAAUUGUGUCGGUAGAUUAUAAAAAUUCACGUAGGGUUACCGUAUUUUUUUAACUGUUAAAACCUAUUACAUCAGAUUCUCGGAACGGUAACUUUACACAUGGGAUAAGGGGCUAUUUACAUGUUAAUGAGAAAUAUGUUAAUAUGUAAAACUGAGAUGUGCAUGUGUACAUAUUCCUCGUAGCCAUUAGUCAUCUAAUUGUAUAGAUAAUUGCUUUGUACUGUACUGUGUGGUGCUGUACGAUUCUGGCUUUGGGGAUUUUAAAAAGGGCAGGUUGAAAACUACUGAUAUACUUCUGGCUUAAGGGACAGAUUUCAGCUACGUAAACUAAGCUUAUGUGUACAGAAGCCUUAAAAAGGGGAACCACUCAACAAUUAACUGAUGUAUAAAACCUGCCCUUAGUCAGACAGCAUUCUUAUUACGGAGUCUGCAGUGUACAGUAUUGGGUUACUGUUUUUCAAUGUUGUGUCCUGAUUAGAGAUAAAAGCACAGCUAUUUAGAUAUUUAGAUCUAUUUUUACAGUAACAACUGUCAGUCGUUUCGGGACUAGUUUUGGACACAGCUGAUUGUCUAACUCUUUGUUACAUGUGGACACCUGCUGAUGACCAGGAGCAGAUUUAGUAAGUGUGUCAUUGGCCUUCAAACACGGUCCAAGUCUGACUGAAUUAGAGCAUUUGUGCUGGAAAUCAGGCGAGUCCGAAAAAGUAGGAAUGCGUUAAGGAUUAAGGACAAUCAAGCGGCGAGGCUCCCACUGAGCAAGUUAGAGACGUGAAAACCCGCAACCCAUAAAGAACUGAUGUCUUUGACAGACGUCAAAGGCUGACGGAGCUGUUUGGUCUGCGGUACCAGCGGCAUCUCUGAAAAUGGCUGUCACAUGGCUGAGGCAUAACGUGUCACCAAUCUCUCAGACAAAGCCUCGGCUGGUGUUAACCUAGGAAGCAUGUAGCCGGUUUCCUGGCUAAAAUAAUUUCAUAGGAAAACUUUGCAAGACAGUUGAGGACCUACAGUCAUUUGUGUUCUUCAAGUUGGAUGGGUGGUGGUAUGAGAUUUGUGGGAGGGGGAGGCAACCUGAAUGGAUUGUGUUUUUCUUCUUGACUGCCUGUCUAAAAUGAAAUGAAUGGGGCUCUGGACUGUUUUCUUGAAAAUCAGUUUUCCUGAAGCGUCCAGCACAGGAGUGUCAGUAGGAUAAUUCAGACCCAGGGAAAGUGUUCAGGUUGCGCCCCCUAGCAGCAGCAGCCGGAAAAAAACAUCAAGAGAAUAGUUUUUUAAGGCUUAACUGAGUGUUAUUUUUAUAUAUAUUAAAAACAAGAGGAAUAUUUCAGAAAAUAUUUCUUUCAAUUUUUGGACGACAAUGUGUAAUGACAAAGGUGUAAAUAAUGUAGGUUUAUGUCUCGUACUCCGUGAACUGAGGUUGCUGUUGUAUAUGGCCAUGCAGCACAUUUACAAUAAUUGAGAGCUCAGUGAAACUGUCCUGUUGUCCUGCCACCACCUGUGACCUUCACAGCUCCGUUCGUGCAGUCUGACUGCAUGUUUAACACCCAUAUAAGUGAAUUAGCCGUCAGUAUAAUAUGUAGAUUUCCACUGUCUUCUACUGUGAGUGUCCUUAAGUCUUGUAAAAUGUUAUAUAUAACAUUUGUUUGUAAAAUAUUGUACAUAAUGCAACUCUAAAGUGAGGUUAAAAUUCUCUGCCCCUGUAACAGGUGAGACCUGUCAGUAUUACACCGUUUGUUUUAAAUGUGGUCAAAAUGUCUCGGUGAAAGCUGCAUGUUGUGGUGUGCUGGCCACACUGUCGUAAUUCCGGAAUCUUCUCGGGUACCCGCUGCGCUUGCCUGUCCCGCUUGCUUGCUGUGACCGAACCCAAGCUAAGCAGGUUUGGGCUUGACUGGUGCUUGGCUGGGAAAUCUGAGUUAUUGCUCAAAGCAAGCCAUGCAACGAGAGGCGAGGAUGGGCAUGACCCACUGAGGGUCCAGCAUAUGUCAGUCAUAAUCAGAGUUUUUAAAUUGUUAUAAAUACGAAGAAAUCAAGCCAAUUUUAAAGAUGAACUUUCUGAAAUCUUAUAGCCAAACGCGCUCCCACACCCUGCAGUGGCCGACCUAUGUUCAGCUGGUAUUAGUUCUAUUAGUGGUAUUGGUGUUCAGUGUGGAGUACGUAGCCCUCUGAAGUGUGUGCCAGUGCCCCAGUGCUGCCGAAGGGGGACACCGUCCUUUAGACUGGAAACCCAAACGAAUGUCCUUAUUCACUCUAACCGUAAGAAAAAAAGAAAACGGAACAAACAAUAUCCCAGGACAUUUAUCAGCUCACUAGAAAUCUUGCCCCGUUGUCAUAUCUGCCCAGACAAUGUGUGACCUCAUUGCUUUGCUGGUACACAGUAUUCCAGAGCAAAAUGGCUGCCGGCAUGAUGCAGGUGGGUGCUGGGGCCGUAUUGGUGCCUGACAGGGGUCACCCUUCAAAGCAGCAUCAGACACUUCAGGGAAGGUGGAUGUCUUUCCUGGACCGUAGGAAGAACAAAGCUAUACAAAUGCAGUUGACUGUUUUUCUUGGUAUUUAUUAUCAAUAGUAAUAUAACUGACGGUUCCGUUUCUAAUCAACAUCUAAUCUAAAUCGCAUUUAAUUUACGUGUCAUUAUUGGAUAUUACAAAUUUGUCACUGUUAUUAGGUGAAUUAAAUAUAGAUUAUAGAAUAUUAUUUUACUGUCAAGAAAAACAAAACUCCUUAGGGUUAACUCCGCGGACUGAGUCACAUGGAUAACUCAAAGAUGGACCAAAAAAAAUGUUUUCUUUAAACAAGAAUGUUGUGUUAGUUGACCGGGUGCUUUCGUGUGAGCUGAAUUACUAUCGUUUGUAUAAGCAGCAUUAAGAAUUUUGAACAGAUUUUAUUGAUCUUGACUGGAAGUUAACGUGAUGUGUUUUGAUUGGUCCGAAUACAAUAGGACAGUUUGGAACUAGCUUGAUUAGCAAUGUUAUUUGUAGCCAUUUAGUUCAUUGUUAACUUUAACUGUUCCAGUGACAUUUUUACUCCUAGCAAUACUUAGUGCUGGACAUCAACUCUAAACAGUCAAGUGGCUUCUGUAACUAAGAUUGCAUGUGAGGAGUUUGUAAAUACAAAAUAAAUAAUAUUCUGUCCUGAGCCAUUGGACAACUGUGUUUGAUGUACUGCAGUGUAAUCUGUUACUAAGCCAUUGAAUAAAGUCUCAACUAGUGAAUGA